CAUACAAGGCGAGAGUCACAAUGAACUAGGGACCGUUUUGUUAGAACAAUCUCUCGUAAUAACUUAAUAGACUACUAGGAAAAUGGCGACCGGCUGCUGUGGAGUAAAGCGUCAGAAAGUUUCUGCUCCUCCCGAAAAUGAAGGAAAUCACCAUGGAUCUUCAACGUCAUGCUCAACUAGAGAUUAUAUUCCGUCUCCAAGGAACGGUUCGGCAGUUAUACCUCGACCAAAUGGCCUUAGUAACGGACUGAAUUCCAGCCUAGCCCGUAUUGUGUGUGAAGAGAUGUGCUAUUUUUGCUUCGAAACUUUGAACAGACAUCUGCACAACGAAGCUCCAGCACCUUCUCCCAAAUUCACCGAUAAACCUUUUCCACUAUUUGUAACAUGGAAAAUAGGCAAAGAAAAGCGUCUACGUGGGUGUAUAGGUACAUUUACUGCUAUGAAUUUACAUGACGGUCUCAGGGAAUAUGCAAUAUCUAGUGCGUUUAAAGAUACACGUUUUCAACCUAUAACCAGGGAUGAGCUAUCACGCCUUCAUGUCUCUGUCUCCUUGCUGCGUCAUUUUGAAGAUGCCAAAGAUUGGGAAGAUUGGAGGGUAUGUAUGAAGUGCUGAAGUAAAAGUAGUAGAUGAUUGAACUCUGUCUGUGCUAAAGAUUGGGAAGAUGGAAGUGCAUGUAUGAAGUGCUGAAUUAAAUAUAUGUAGAUGGUUGAAUUAAAUCAUCUAUCUUCUGUGUUAAUUUGAAGAUGCCAAAGAGUGGGAAAAUUGGAGGUUAUGUAUGAAGUGCUGAAUUUGUGCGUUUCAUAAUUACAUGCAUUCAGAUUGCGCCCUUAUGACCCCACUCGUUCACAGUAAUCCCGAGAAUUUAUUCAAGCACAGUGUUCUUACCAUGCAUUAAAAGGGAAGUUCACCCUGACAAAAAGUUUAUAGUAAAUGUAGUAGAAAAAAAUAACAAAAAUAUUGGCCAAUGUUUGAGGAAAAUCCAUCAAAGAAUAAGAAAGUUAUUAGAAAUUUAAUUGUUUGAUUUGUGACAUCAUAUGCAAGCAGCUUUCCUAAAUGCAUGUGUCAUAAGGUAAAAAAUCAAUGAAAUGUCAUUUUUUCAGAAAAUUGAUAAUGGUUUUUAUAGUUCUUCAUUAUAUCACUACACAAAUUAUUUCACACCCGCUUCUAAAAAGAAAAUAAAAAAUAAGUCAUCACAAACCCUUAAAAAUGGAAUUUAUGCAUUUUAUAUUACAUUACAUAACACGGGGCAGCUGCUUGUUUAUGAUGUCACAGGUCAAAACUUGAAAUUCUAAUAACUUUCUUAAUCUUUAAUGGAUUUUCCUCAAACCUUCACCAAAUAUUUUUAGCAUUUUUUUGCUCUUUUACAAGAAAGUUUUUGUCAGGGUGAACUUCCCCUUUAAUCACAGCGUUCUCUCACAAAGUGGCUAUUUGAACAGUUGCAUACGUAUUACUUUACACUUUUCCUGAGAUUGAACAUUAUUCUUCCAUAUGGUUUGGAUUCAAAGUCAGAUGUAAGGAUGAUUUGCAGUA